AUGGUAAAAUGUAUAUGCCGGGUUCACUUAGGGUCUUUGGCUCAUUUGGCCACUCUACCGCUAUAUAAACUUGUGGGCAGCACAAACACAUACCAGGCACUAUCUAUUACCAGUUUUCGUUUCUUAUCUACAAAGAACUGUGUAUUGAGGGAUGAACAGAAUUGUUUAAAACCUGUGCACUUUGACAAUUUUGAACGAUUAAUUCCAUGCUCUAACAAAGGCGGAUCUACAAAAAUUGUUCAAAAGCGUUUAUACGAGCUCCGACAAUUAAGAACUGUAUCAAGUGAUACUUUUGGAUUAACAGAAUACGCAUCUUUUUUCAAGGCUUUACGAGAUGUUUUGAAUCUUAAGGAUUGCUCCAAAUGCGAAAAGCAGAAGCUUUUAUAUGAUGUGAUAUCACAUCAACACAAGUCAUACCCAGAGGUCGCAAGAAAAAUUGGAUUUUAUAUACCAGAUGAGGUCCACGAGUGGUUUUGGAAUCAUGUUCCAAAGACGGAAUCUUUCAAUCAUUAUUUCUUUCUCUUGAAAAGUGAUGUUCUUCUCUCCACUUCGAGAUACUGUACGAAAUUUACCAAUAGAUUGAUGAAGGGUACUGAGAUGGAGAGACAGUUGGCCACAUUCCAAGUUUUUUUGCAUGAUGAGACAAAUAUAAAGCCUAUAAUGGAGAAGGUACUAAAAUUACAUACAUUUGACAGCUUAGUCGUUUUGGUAAAGGGGCUCGCAAAGGUAAAAAAUUUCAGAUUUAUUGAAUCAUAUAUUCAGGCCCUAUUGCAAAAGUUGGAACAGCACAGUUAUUCCGGCAAGGAUAGGAAAAAGCAAAAAAGCCUGCGUUAUGUCAAGUUCAACAAUGCUUUACUCUAUUAUCUUCUGAAAAGUGGAAAUGUUGUAUUAUUUAUGAAGACCUUCCAAGAGGAAUUGAAAUUUAUUAUCAGUUCAGGAUUAAUUAAUCACAUUGAUGGAAGGGAGCACAUUUUAAACUUUCCUAUACAUCAUUAUCUAAACUUGCUGCGUGUCUCUAAUAGGCAGGAAGAACUUUUUGAUGUAAUAUCCUGCUUGCAGAGUAGUUCAUUGAUGAAGCAUAAAUUGUUUAAAGAAUUUUUAAUGGGUGAGCUGAUUGCAUCUUUCCAAGCCUUUCGGGACCCUAAAUUGGUGUGUAAAUACGUUCUUUCAUCGUACAGCUCAAAACCGUCUGCUAUUAUUUUAAACGAACUGGGAAUUUGGGGAUGGCUUUACCAUUCAAAGUCAACGACUUUAACAGCAUCCGAUUUAACCAAAGAGUUAAAAACCAGCAGUAGUGUUCUGCCAAAAUCAAUGCGAAUAGGUUCAGCAGUAACUGUUCCGAUUCUAACGGAGCUUUAUAGAAGUCUAUUGUCUUCUGCGUCUGUUUCACUUGGAAGAGGCCAAUUGAAAGAUUGUCUUCUUGAUUUAUAUUACAAGUACAGAAGUUUUCUUUCCAAAGAAGCUAGUAAAUAUAGAUACUGGAGAAAUGAUACCGGGAUCCUGAACGUUUUCUUAAACUAUAUUAGAUUUCAAGCACGUGAACCAAAACUAGCCUAUGAUAUUCUUCUGAACUUUUAUUCUCAACAUUUCGCCAAAAAUGUGAUCCUAACGACCACGAUAUGCCCCUUUUCCAUAGUCGCCUAUAAAAAUUAUGCGUUAACGCAAGCUGAAAUAUCAGAAUUGUUACAGAUAAUGCAUAAAAACGGGGUGCCUUUAACGUUCAAGUUUUGUUCUGCAAUGGUGAUGCAUUGUGUCAAAAUAAGAGAUGAAAAAGGAGCACGCUCCUGGUAUGAUAAAAUACUAUAUGGAGGCUUUGAGAUAAGGCAUAUGGCUUUGAUCCAGAUAAUCAAAGACCGAGGCUGGCCAUUUCCAAAAAAAUUUGACCAAAGAUUAUUAACACAAUUAGUUGAUGAUAACAACAGCAUUGAGGAACCAGCUGAUAGCACCUUGUUUACUGAUGAAGCGAUGUUUGAAGAAGGCAGUGAACCUAGUUUUAAUGAUGAUGAUGUUAAUAGAUGUACAAGUACCAUAAAGGAAACCUUGAAGUGUCUCAGUUAA